GUCGCGAACGGCGUGAGUCAGUCGCCGGAGGAACGAGAGAGGCGGCGUAUAUAAGCGUCGCUCCCGCCCCUCUCCGCCAUAACAGUCGCGAUCGCCGUCGGAACAUAAAGGAAGCCAAGACAUAGUGUUCGCGUUAUCUGCUUAAGAUGGUAUCCAUCAGCACUCCGACGAUGGCGGUGCUGGUGGGCUACCUGGCUGCAGCCGCCGGUCGACCAGGUGGACGACAGGAACUAUACGACCUCCACGUCCACGAUGUCCACCACCACGCUCGUCGGGCCGUACGACUACUACACCACGAGCACCACCACGCCGAGCCCCUACGUGCGCGAGUACACCACCAGGCCGUACUUCCCGCCGUCCACGUCGACCACCACGCCUGCCCCGACGUACCGCACCACCACGUGGCCUCCUUACAGGAUGUACACAACAUCGACGACGACCGCCGCCCCGACCACCACGACGCAACGCUCAACCACCACGACACCAGUGACAACGUCUACAACUUCGACCACGUAUCCACCAAACGCAAGCCCCGACCACAGUCACCUCGACAACCACACACAGCCCGACAUCAUCGAGCACAAGCACACGCAUCCCAACGACAAGGUACUACCGACGAUCCGUAACCACAGUGACCACCACCGCGCGGCCACCAUCGCCUACCACACGCCCGACCCGGCCCACCACGCGGCCAACAGCGUCGUCCUCCACCACGUCGCGGGCCACGACGUCACGCCCCACCGCCACGCCCUCCACGACGAGGCCCUCGGCGGCUCCGACCAGGAGGAACGGGGACACGCCCAGACCCGCGCCCGUGGUCAUCAAGCUGCCCUUCUUCCCGCAGUUCUUGACGAAGACUCGAAGCAACUGAGGGGACUCGGGAACUUAGCUGACUCUACUUGCUGACUCGACUUAACUGCCUCGAUUUGCUGACUCGAUUUAGGGGACUCGCCUUGCUGACUCGAUGACUGAUUAAUAUAACAAAUGUGAUAGCAGUGAAUGAUGUUAGUAAACCAAAGUGACUGACAGAAACCGACUGAAGUGACAAAGGUGACUGAAGCAUCAACGAGACAGAUAAAACCGACAAGCGUGACCUGAUAAAUGUGAUUAAUAUGUUAUAGUGUGAUUGCAAUGCCUGUGAUGCAAGAAAUUAUAUCUUACUUUUCACAAUUAGCGCGAUCUUUAAGAUAAUUAUCUAUGGAGAACACCCAUGUAUAUCUUGUUCUCUUGAUCUCACUGCAUCUCGAUACACUCGCCUGUCUGCAGGGGACUGGCUUAGAAUUUUCAUGUUCUAAUCACACUGCGCUGCCGAAAAAAAGACUAAAGACGCCAAUUAAUAAAAGAAAAAAAAAUCUUGAUUUGAGGAAAAGCAGGAUCUGUAAUA